AUGCAUGUGGAUCUCAGGAAUUAUGGAAUUAGAAACGAGCUAGCUACAACAAAUAAGUCAUCUGUGGAAGGAAAGCAGAGCAAGCUCACACCUCCUGUGGAAGCUAACACUUCUCGGUCUGCACCUGUGGCGACAAAGGCUGUGCUCACUUGCCCUUCUGUCAGCUUAACAAAUGUGCUGAUAAUAAGGUGGGAAAUAAACCUCCGAGACAAGCCUUCCUGCAUCAGAGCCUACAGGAGAGAUAACAAUGAGACCAGUGAAAGAAACUGUACCGACGAGAGAAUAUCCUGGGAGUCCAGACCCGAUCAGAAUCCUGCCCUUCAGAUUGAUCCCGUGGCCACCACUCAUGAUGGAUAUUACAGGUGUGAAGUGGCCGCACCUGAUGGGAAUUUCGGUCUUGGAUAUCACCUCCAAGUGUUAGUGCCCCCCGAGGUGACCCUGUUUCGAGGCAGCAAUGGAACCCUCGUGUGCAGGGCAGCUGCAGGGAAGCCAGCUGCACAGAUCUCCUGGACCCCAGGGGGAGACUGUCACACUGCGGAACAACAGUUGGGCAAUGGCACAGUGACCGUCCUGAGUACAUGCCGCUGGGAGGACCGCCAGGUGUCUAACGUGUCCUGCUCUGUCUCCCACGUGACCGGCAACAAGACUCUGUCCUUUGAGCUGAAUCCAGGUGACCAAUCACCACUAAACUUAACUAUUCUAUUUAUCACCUCCUCUAUUUUGAUUACCUUGGUCAUUGUGGGAUCCAUUUGGCUUUUGAAAAUCGAUUGCUGCAGGAUGAAACGCAGCCCCAUGUCAGCUACACAGAGAAGAACAAUCCCCUCUAUGACACUGUGAGCAACUGAAGAGGUCUCAGGUUUUACAAAGUGAAGUUGAUGGGCUGUGUCUCCAUAGAUUUUUAUAAGUUACUGGAAUCUAACAGCAGGACAAAUGAAUAAAGAUACAGCACAGCUACUAUUUUGAUUUCCUUAGAGUUGUAGCAUGAAACUCUAUUUUGAGGUUAGCUUUUCAAAGAUUCUGAGAAGACAGAGAUGUUUUAA